UACUAACGUAAAAGUUAAGGUUAACGUCGUGCGGCGAAAACUACCUAAUGUCAGCUCAUUCACCGCAAAGGCAUACGCAUAAGCAACUGCUGUAAGGCAACAACGCAAUGUUCAGACCACUAUCGAAACAUGCCAUAUACCUAUGCUGGCUUUACAUAGUAAGCGUAUUGUUGGGAAUUCCAUGUAGAGCACAGAAGCCCACUUGGACCCCUUGGUACAACCGGGACGGCCCAAGUCAAACCGGAGACAAUGAACAGAUAUGGGCAAUAUUAGAUGAAAAUCCGACAACAAUGUGUGCGAACCCUGUAGGAAUUGAAUGCCAGACCGUAUCCGGCGAACCAUAUACAACACCUGGUGAAAAUGUUACUUGCUCCACCUCUCUUGGUUUCGAAUGUUUACUAGAACUAAAUGAAAAUUCCUGCUCCGAUUACAAAGUUCGUUUCUUAUGUCCAGCAAACCUUGAGCGAAGCACUGCAGAAGGUACACAGAGAGCUACAAGUAAUGCAAACCUGGAGCGAAUCACUGCAGAAGCUACACAGAGAGCUACAACUAAUGACUGGCAUCAACGUUUGGUGUUGCGACAAACAGGAUCUUUCUGCUAUAAGAGCAAGAAGAGCAAGAAGUCUAUUAAGAUCUGUUCUAAAGAACAUGCAUAAAACGGUAAGCGAAUAAUACACUACCAGUGGCGGACCGUCAAGGCAAGAAAGGUAUGCAGUACAUACCCUGAAUGAAACAAAUAUAAAAAAAUAUUGUAGUACAGUUUCUCUGUUUUAUUUAGCAUUUCUUAGUUAGAAUCUUCUAUAUAAACCUUAAUUUUACGAAUGGAUUGCUACAGUUUGGUAUGCUAUCGAGGAUAUAACUCACAGUCGGGCCUAUCGCAUCGUACUCUCAGC